AUGUGUCAACCUAACGACUCCAAAUCGUCUGGCGUGGAGACCCCUUCUCCCUCUUGUAACAACUCUGCGCCCAUGGCGUCAUGUUCCAACCUGCGUCUUCCCAAACAGGACGAGGGACAGCAAGCUAACCCGGCAUGUCGCUGCAAUUGUGGCUGUAGAAAUGUCGUUGAGCAGUCCGGGGCAACCAUGUGCAAUGACUGCAUUGGAAUGUCGAAGGGUCCUCAAUCUUUACCGCUUUCGUUGUCAAAUAUGUCUCAGUUCCAUGACGUUUCUAACCUAGCGCCAUCGUCGUUGCGUGUGGCAGACAUUUCUCCGGUCUCCGAAAUCCUCGUCGUUGUAGCAGUAGCCCUCGUCGCAGCUCGUCUCAACCUUCGCCUUCGAAUACAAAAGCGACGACUCCUUCUCAGCGACAAGUUCAUGGUGGUAGCAUGCAUAUCUGGUGUCAUUUCUGCAGCUUUUACCCCUGCAUUCGCAGCCCUCAAUGCCUUCGAUCCGAAAGUGCACUCAACCCUUCAAGGAUAUAAUGGCAACGGGAGACAACUUCGCCUGAUAUUAAAGCUGCUCUUCGCUUCCAAUUUCCCAUUUUACACGACACUCUACCUAUGCAAGGCUGUUCUCCUUUCGGUCUACUUGCAGGCAUUCCCAGAGUUUAUGGUCAAGAGACGCAGAUUUCUAUGGGCGACAAUAUGGUUUAUAGCCAUCAGUUAUAUAACGACUAUUCUCCUCAUUCUUUGCAUCUGCCUUCCCCUCCCACGGCAUUGGGAUUUGGAUGCCGAUAUGACAUGUCAAGCUUGGACUUAUGCAGUCAAUUUCAAUGUGGGCUGGGCCCUAUCGUUUCUUGGAGAUAUACUGGUUUUUAUUCUUCCUUGGCUCAUUGUACCAGCAUUGCAAGUCAAGAGAGCACUGAGACUUGGCAUCUACUUCACAUUUUUGCUUGGCACUGUCAACAUGGCGGUAAGCCUUGUUCGAUUCGUCAUGAUCUUCAAAGCAGGGGCCGACUCAUCGAUAUCAUUGAGCGCUAUUGUACUCUGGAGCGCCCUGGAUGUCAACAUGGGCCUUGUAGUCGCCUGUUUACCAUCACUACGACCAUACUUUGGAUCACGAAAUCAAUCAGAAAAGCCGAGUUUCGAAAGAAAGAAUGAAGAGAGAUACCGAAGGCCAUCAAAGUUUGGUAUUGAUACACUUCGACAUAAUUACAGAAAAUACGACGAGGAAGCGUCGACGUCGUUUUCUGCACGACACAGUACAAGAGAAGCAUCGCAGUGGGAAAAUUAUGAUGUGAUAUCAGAUGAUGGAAGGAGGAGUUGUACAGAUGUAAGCGAUGUUGCGCUGGUAGAGUUGAGACUCCCGCCUACCGCUAAAGUAUCAAAGAUAAAACUUUAA